AAGAUUAGUUAAGACAAUAACACAGGAAGGAAACCACCAAGACCCGAAUGGUCGCGUGAAAACUAUCACGCCAACAAUAAAACGGCUUCGUUCCACCAAAUUUAACAUCACUAUAAAUAAACACUGCAUUUACGAAAUGACAUCAGUAGUGGCACGUUGAUAACGACGCAAUCAAUAAGAUGUCGUCAGCAUUUUUUAUUAUAUCUCUUCUUUCCAUAAUCGGUACGCAGGCGGUGAAAGUUGAACUAGCAGAAGAAAAAACGCCAUAUGAUUAUGUAAAGGAAAAACUAGAUUCAAUGUUGGUGGACGCGAGGAGUGGAAUGCCCAUAUCAAGUUCAUACGAAGUUGAAGAAAGUGAAGACUAUCCUGAAAAUUUAAACGGAGCAGCAUCCACAAUACACAACGCUGUAUCUGGUAUUGGUUAUGGUCAAGGAAUUGGUCUUGGAGGUUUAGGAGGACUAGGACUUGGUCAAGGAUUAGGAAUCGGUUUGGGUGGGUUCGGAGGCGUUGGAGGUUUGGGAAUCGGUGGAAUCGGUAACGGGAUUGGAUUAGGUGGUGCUAGUUCGGUCGGUAUUGGUGGGGUAAACGGAGCUGCAAUUGGAAACGGAAUUGGAAAUGGAAUUGGAGUAGCGAAUGGAUUGAUUCACCCUGGUCUAGGAGGCAUCGGUGUUGGUGGAAUUGGCUAUGGAAAUGGGUUACUUUACCACCCGGUGUUAGGCGGACAAGUUCAAGGUGGAUAUGUGGACAAGAAUGCUUAUGACGCUGCUCAAAAAAAGGGUGCUGAUCACAACGUAGAAAAGCUAGAAAAGAAAGCUGAAGAAGAAGUAAAGCAUGGACAAGAAGGAUUCCAACAAGGUGCCGCAGCAGCUAAAGCUGAAAAGGGAGAAUCAAGCUUCUUUAAAGAUGAAGAAGCAAAAAAGAAAGCUGCCGGAGAUGAAAAGUUCUAUGAAGGUGGACAGAAAGUUAAUAAGCAAGGGGCAAACGAAGAGCAAGUGAAAAAGGCAAAAAGCCACAAGAAGGGUCACGUGAGCAAAGGAUUUAAGUCAUCCAGCAGCAAGAAUGAAGAGGAAAAGUCUGAGAGCUUCUACGAUGAGGCUCACGACGAGGCUGACCACAAGCUGGCCGGACAGAACGCUGGUUCCUUCGGUGAGAACUCCCAGCAAGGCUUCAAAGGUGCUCACGAAGAAAAAAUCCUCGACGCCAAUGCCCAAGGCAAGGAAGGACAUCACUUCACAGAACAAAAGAUUGACGACGCCAAGGCAAAUAAGGGUGAAUUUCUACAAAAGGGUUACAAGGGAGGUGCAGAAUUACUGGAGAAAUUCAAUAACCUCGGUGCGCAAGCCGUGCACGGUCACCAAGAAGCAAGCGGUGGUUAUCAACAGAACAAAGGAAUAUUGCCUAUACACUGAGAAAUGUAUGAACUGCACGAUACACGAAGAAAUUAUUGCUUUUCAUGUUUGAAAUGGAUUUGAAAUAUACGAAUAUGUUUUU